AUGAGUAUCGAUCGCUAUAGCUACAAUGGCCCCAUAGACCAUACAGCUCCUCUGCGGCUGGACGCCAUCCGAGGCAAAUCAGUCAUCAUUACAGGGGGUGCAAAUGGCAUGGGUGAGACCUGUGUACGGGAAUUCGUCGCUGCUGGCGCCCACGUCACCUUUGCCGACGUCAACGAACAACGAGGUCGAUCUAUCGAAGCAGAACUUAACGUUGAUGGCAGAAAGUGCCUGUUUGUCAAAUGUGAUGUCCGAGACUGGGAUCAGCAAAAGACUGUCUUUGAAGAGGCAAAGCGCAACAGUCCAAGUCGCAGUGUUGACGUUGUUGUUGCCAACGCUGGCAUCAGCAGAAGCUCUGGAGAUAGUCUCUGGAACUUGGACGACCCAAAUGGCGAGCCAACCAAACCCAACCUCAACAUUGUCCGAGUCAACAUUGAUGGCACCUUUUAUACUUGGAGACUUGCCGUACACUACUUCCGCAAGCAACCAGUUCAAGAUGACCGAGAUCGUUGUUUCAUCAUCACCGGGAGCAUGGUUGCGUACAUUGACUCGCCGGCCAACUGGGAGUACACAUCAACAAAGUAUGCCCUGCGCGGGUUCAUGAAAACGGUUAGACGCUCCAGCCAUGAGCAGAACAUACGUAUCAACUACGUUGCCCCUUGCUGGAUCAAGAGCGCCAUCCGCACGGCAGAGUACGAGAAAUGGCUACUUGACAACGGCAUCGAGUUUGGCGAACAGGAAGACGUAGCAAGCUGCAUGCUACGAAUUGCCACCGACAAGAGCAUUAACGGUCGUUCUCUCAUGAUCACCCCACGAUCUAUUGCUAAACAAGGGUUUAUGGAUGUCGAUCGGGAGGACUACAAAGAUAUUCCUAAGGAUGAGUAUUUCAAGAAGGAUAAGUGGCUAGAUGACUACAAGGUACCGAUAUAUAAGACAGAGUAG